AUCGCGACGACGCGACCGCGCGGUUCGACGCGCGCUAAAUAAUUUACGACACGCGCGCACGCUCGACGCGCUCGCGAACAUGUUCGCGAUGACGAUGACGACGACGACGACGACGACGACGCGCGGGGCGCGCUUGUCGACCGACGCGCGCGCGCGCGCGAGCGCGGCGCGCGCGAGCGGAUGCGCGCGCGCGGCGCGCGCGAACGGCGCGGAAAAAAAUUCGCGCGUCCUCGGACGCGCGAUCGGGGCGACGGCGGGGCGACGCGCGCGCGUCGCGGGGGCGGUGUCGGUGGACGCCGCGCGGGCGACGCUUGCGGAAGCGGAAUCGAACGCGGCGCGGUCGGUGUUCGCGCGGGCGAAGACGCCGGUCGCGGCGGCGGCGGUCGCGGUCGCGGGUUUGACGCUGGCCGGUCCGGCGGCGGCGGCGGCGGCGGCGGUGCCGGCGGUCGUCGGCGCGGACACGUGCUGGAUUUUGAUUUCGAGCGCGUUGGUGCUGUUUAUGACCAUUCCGGGCUUGGCGGCGUUUUACGCCGGUUUGGUGCGACGCACGAACACGCUGAGCGUGUUGAUUCAGUGCUUCGCACUCACGGCACACAUGAGCGUGCUUUGGUUCCUGUGCGGUUACUCGCUGUCGUUCAGCGACGUCGGCAUGAAGGAGGGCGUCACGACGUUGGCGUCCUUCAUCGGCGGUUGGGACAAGGUCGGCUUGGCGGGCGUCACCGCGGCGUCGGUCGCGGGGACGAUCCCCGAAGCGCUGUGGGUGUUGUACCAAAUGACGUUCGCUAUCAUCACUCCGGCGCUCAUGAUCGGUGCGCUCGUCGAGCGCAUGAAGUUUAACGCCGUCAUGUGGUUUUCCACGCUCUGGAUGUUCGCCGUGUACUUCCCGGCGUGCCACAUGGUUUGGGGUGGCCCGGGCGCGUUCUUCGCCGACAUGGGCGUCCUUGAUUUCGCUGGCGGUAUCGUCGUGCACAUCACCGCCGGCAUCGGUGCCCUCGUCGCCGCCAUGUACCUCGGCGAGCGCAAGGAGAACAAGAUGCACCAAGGCAACUUGGUGCUGACGUUCCUCGGUACCGCCAUGUUGUGGGUCGGCUGGUUCGGCUUCAACGGUGGCUCUGCCGGUGCGGCUUCCGCGGGUGCCGCCUUCGCGUGCCUCGCGACGCAACUCUCCGCGUCCGUCGCCGCGAUCGUUUGGACCGCGCUCGAUGUCAUCGAGAACGGCAAGGUUUCCGUUCUCGGCACGUGCACGGCGUCCAUCGCCGGUCUCGCCGCCAUCACUCCGGCGGCCGGCUUCGUCGGCCCCGUUGGCGCUUGUUUAAUGGGCCUCGCGUCCGCCAUCGUGUGCCGUUUCUUCUCCACCACGGUCAAGGAGAAGUUUGGCUACGAUGACGCCCUCGACGUCUUCGGCGUCCACGGCGUCGGCGGAUUCUUGGGCACAAUUCUGCUCGGUGUUCUCGCGCACCCCGCGCUCGGUGGCUUCAACGACGUCCCCAUGAUGAAGCAAACCAUCGUGCAAGUUAUCGCCGCCGUCUCCACGGCUGUGUACACCGCCGGUGCGUCAUGGGCGUGCCUCAAGCUCACCGAUAAGAUCACGGGAGGCAUUCGCGUCCCCGCCGAGGCGGAGGAGCUCGGUUUGGAUGUGUACUCGCACGGCGAAACGGCUUACACGCCGAUGCCUCCGGUUCGAUAACCGCGCAAACCGCGCCUUGCUGUACCCUUGUUUUACUCUUGUCUUAUUCUCGUCCACAUUCCAUCUUCUAUUAUUCAUCACAGGAUAGCGCCAAUACGUUGUCAAUGGUUACCGAUACCAAUAAUAAAAA